AUGUUGAUCAAGGUCCGUACGCUCACCGGCAAGGAGAUCGAGCUCGAUAUCGAGAUGGACUACAAGGUCUCCCAGAUCAAGGAAAAGGUGGAGGAGAAGGAGGGUAUCCCCCCGGUCCAGCAGCGUCUGAUCCACGGCGGAAAGCAAAUGACGGACGACAAGACGGCCGCUGAAUACAACCUCGUCGCUGGCGACACUCUUCACCUCGUCCUCGCCCUUAGGGGAGGACGAUGGCUGGCUUAG